AUGAAGAACUCCACUCCUACAUCGCCCACCUCCACUCCUACAUCACCCACCUCCACUCCUACAUCACCCACCUCCACUCCUACAUCGCCCACCUCCACUCCUACAUCCCUCACCUCCACUCCUACAUCGCCCACCUCCACUCCUACAUCGCUCACCUCCACUCCUACAUCGCUCACCUCCACUCCUACAUCGCCCACCUCCACUCCUACAUCGCCCACCUCCACUCCUACAUCGCCCACCUCCACUCCUACAUCGCCCAACUCCACUCCUACAUCGCUCAACUUCACUCCUACAUCGCUCAACUUCACUCCUACAUCGCUCACCUCCACUCCUACAUCACCCAAUCCCGCUCCUACAUCACUCACCGCCACUCCUACAUCACCCAACCCCACUCCUACAUCGUCCAACCCCACUCCUACAUCGCUCACCUCCACUCCUACACCGCUCACCUCCACUCCUACACCGCCCACCUCCACUCCUACAUCGCCCAACCCCGCUCCUACAUCGCCCAACCCCGCUCCUACAUCGCCCAACUCCGCUCCUACAUCACUCAACUUCACUCCUACAUCACUCACCUCCACUCCUACAUCACCCAAUCCCGCUCCUACAUCACUCACCGCCACUCCUACAUCGCCCAACCCCACUCCUACAUCGCCCAACCCCACUCCUACAUCGCUCACCUCCACUCCUACACCGCUCACCUCCACUCCUACAUCGCCCAACUCCACUCCUACAUCGCCCAACCCCACUCCUACAUCACUCGCCUCCACUCCUACAUCACCCAAUCCCGCUCCUACAUCACUCACCUCCACUCCUACAUCGCCCACCUCCACUCCUACAUCGCCCACCUCCACUCCUACAUCACUCACCUCCACUCCUACAUCACUCAACCCCGCUCCUACAUCACUCAACUCCGCUCCUACAUCACCCAACCCCUCUCCUACAUCGCUCACCUCCACUCCUACAUCGCCCACCUCCACUCCUACAUCACUCACCUCCACUCCUACAUCACCCAAUCCCGCUCCUACAUCACUCAACCCUGCUCCUACAUCACUCACCUCCACUCCUACAUCACUCACCUCCACUCCUACAUCACCCAACCCCACUCCUACAUCGCUCACCUCCACUCCUACAUCGCUCACCUCCACUCCUACAUCACUCAACUCCACUCCUACAUCACUCACCUCCACUCCUACAUCACCCAAUUCCACUCCUACAUCGCUCACCUCCACUCCUACAUCGCUCACCUCCACUCCUACAUCACUCAACUACAUCACUCACCUCCACUCCUACAUCACCCAAUUCCACUCCUACAUCGCUCACCUCCACUCCUACAUCGCUCACCUCCACUCCCACAUCGCUCACCUCCACUCCUACAUCGCUCACUUCCACUCCUACAUCACCCAACCCCACUCCUACAUCACCCACCUCCACUCCUACAUCACCCGACCUCGCUCCUACAUCACUCACCUCCACUCCUACAUCGCCCACCUCCACUCCUACAUCACUCACCUCCACUCCUACAUCACCCAAUCCCGCUCCUACAUCACUCAACCCUCAUCGCUCACCUCCACUCCUACAUCGCUCACCUCCACUCCUACAUCACUCAACUCCACUCCUACAUCACUCACCUCCACUCCUACAUCACCCAAUUCCACUCCUACAUCGCUCACCUCCACUCCUACAUCGCUCACCUCCACUCCUACAUCACUCAACUCCACUCCUACAUCACUCACCUCCACUCCUACAUCACCCAAUUCCACUCCUACAUCGCUCACCUCCACUCCUACAUCGCUCACCUCCACUCCCACAUCGCUCACCUCCACUCCUACAUCGCUCACUUCCACUCCUACAUCACCCAACCCCACUCCUACAUCACCCACCUCCACUCCUACAUCACCCGACCUCGCUCCUACAUCACCAGACCCCGCUCCUACAUCACCACCCAACUCUGCUCCUACAUCACCCAAUGCAGACAACAAUUAG